AAAGAGUAUAUUGAGCGCAUCGCAGCCAUGGGCGUGUGAUAUUAUCGCUUCUCUAUAUUAUGGACACGCAUCUUACCAUUCCUACUUCUUAGUACGCCAGUACAGCGGCAAGGUCUGCCAAUUACGACAAUCUCAUCAAUUAUGUUCUGGAGAAAGAGUGUUGCCCGCCGUCGUACUUCAUCACACCGACUCUCCACUCAAUUCUACGCCAGUAUCUCCGACAUCGGCGUCACACCGGGCACCGGAAGUAGCUACACCGACACCGAUUUCCAACACUCGUACAAAAAUGGUUACGAAAGUGCCUUUAUCAGUUGUAGAAAGGUCGUUUUCACAUACUCUGCUGAUCGCGUGCCAAAUGAUCAGCAUUCAACGAGUCGAUUACUGUAUUGUUUCGCGAAGCCUAGAGUCCAUCGAUACCGUUAUCACAGCGCAUGCAAGACCAUCACUUUCAUGAUGAAUAGAUCAACAGCACUGGAGGGAUCUCAAAACCCCUCGAUGACAGCCUCAUCAUUGCUCGCAAUCCAGUUGACUAGGCUGAUGCCGAUACGGCCAACCACUUCAAUUCUUUCCAAUUCGCAACCUUUGCACGUCCUAACUUUCAUGGCAAGGAUUGUCCAGAAUUAUACUCAUCGACCAUCACUAACUAGGUGCCGUUAACCGAAGAAGAUCGAGGCGACUUCGCGACUCAACCUUACACGGCGACCAUUACUAGCUAACUUCUACGCUACAUCGCACGAAUGGGAACUUGGAACGAAGCGUUGGUCCGAGAUCGGCAAGCUAUGGCUUCCAGACUUCGUCUGCAUCGUCAUCCUCAGC